CGCGGGAGAUUCAAACUUCCUGACUCGGAGUUAGUGCCCGCCCGCACGGAGGUGAAGAUGCAAGGCAGUUUUCUCCUUGGGCCCUGCAAGUAGAGGGCCACUGCGCCGGCUGGAGAGAUGGUGGAAGGACCAGGCUGUACUCUGAAUGGAGAGAAAAUUCGGACGCGAGUUCUCCGGGGACAGGCGGUGACCGACGUGCGGGGAAAGGCUCUGCAGAGCCUGGAAGGCCUCCUGUCGUCACACACAGCCUCCGUGGCUGAGGUCUCUUUCCAGGCUGCUGCUCCAAAAGAAGGUAAAGAUUCCACCCAGAAUUUCUUAAGACUGUUUAAUGGAUAUGUUUACAGUGGUGUGGAAACUUUGGGGAAAGAGCUGUUUAUGUUCUUUGGCCCAAAAGCUUUACGGAUUCAUUUUGGAAUGAAAGGCUCCAUCAUGAUUAAUCCACUUGCCUAUAAAAAUAAAAAUGGAGUUUCUCCUGUUUUUGAACUGCAGCUCACCAAUGAUUUGAUUUGUACACAGAAAAAAAAAAAAAAAAAAUAUAUAUAUAUAUAUAUAUAUAUUCCGAGCUUCGACCUGCAAAACUCAAUGGAAAGCCAACAGAGAAUAAGAAUGAUGGAAGAAUUAGAUGUGUGCUCACCUAAAUUUAGUUUCUUAAGAGCAGAAAAUGAAAUUAAAAAACAGAAAGGUCGGAUGCUCUGUGAUGUGCUAUUGGAUCAGAAAGUGUUACCUGGAGUAGGGAACAUCAUCAAAAAUGAAGCUCUCUUUGAUAGUGGUCUCCAUCCAGCUGUUAAAAUUUUUCAGUUAACAGAUGAACAGACCCAUCACCUUGUGAAGAUGGUGCGUGAUUUCAGCAUUCUCUUUUAUAGGUGCUGUAGAACAGGAUCUGCUAUCUCUAAACACUGUAAGGUUUACAAGCGUCCUAAUUGUGGUCAGUGCCAAGGCAAAAUUAUCAUAUGUCGUUUAGGAGAGAAUAACAGAAUGACGUAUUUCUGUCCUCAUUGUCAAAAACAAAAUCCUCAACACACUGACGUAUGCAAACUUCCCACUAGAAAUACUGCAAUCAAUUGGACAUGUAGCAGGGGAGACCAUCUGACUGACUCAGUGGGUUGGAAAUCAGAAGAGCAGUGGACCUGUUUGGUCUGUGCCCUGGUAAAUAAGCCCUCUGCUGAGACAUGCGAUGCUUGCUUGACCUCAAAGCCCGUUGAUUCAAUGCUUGAGACUGAAGAAAAUUCUAUUGUCUUUCACAACUUAGUGAAGUACCCUUGUAAUAGCUUUGGGAAAGCACAUACAGAAGUUAAAAUCAACAGGAAAACUGUAUUUGGAACUACAACUCUUGUCUUGACUGAUUUUAGCAAUAAAUCCAAUACUUUGAAGAGAAAAGAAAGCCAAAUCCAGACACCAGAUGGGGAAUUUCAAAACUCUCUUCCUACAAACGUUUGUUUUAGUGAUACACGGCACCCCUCCAAGGAGAGAACAAACUGUAUAACUCAAGUAUCUAACAAAGUAAACAUAUCUCGUACAGUCUGCUCUCAGUCUGAAUUAUUUAGUUCAGUGCAUAAAAAAUUGAAAACAUCCCUCUACUCAACACCAGACCUCAAAAGUUGCAACACUGGAUUUUCUAACAGUGAACCUCAAGUGAGUGUUGCAGGUGGUCCUUGUGCCUUAAAUGUUGGCAGACCUCGAUGCAGUAAACACAACCGCCUCUGUGUUCUCCGGGUUGUAAGGAAGGAUGGUGAAAACAAAGGAAGGCAUUUUUAUGCUUGUCCACUACCUAGGGAAGCACAAUGUGGAUUUUUUGAGUGGGCCGAUUUGUCCUUCCCUUUCUGCAACCACGGCAAGCGCUCUAUCAUGAGAACAGUAUUGAAGAUUGGACCUAAUAAUGGAAAGAAUUUUUUUGUGUGUUCUUUUGAGAAGGAAAAACAGUGCAAUUUUUUCCAGUGGGCAGAAAAUGGGCCAGGGAUAAAAAUUAUACCAGGGUGCUAGUACUUUUUCUUUCUAUAGAAUAUCUGGCAUUUAAUCUUUUCAAACUGUUAUCUCUCCCCUUUGUAAAAUAGUAAAGUUGUAGAAUAUCUAUAGCACAUAUAAAUUAAAUUAC